AUGAACGGGAAAAUCGACGAUGCGGCUGCACAGUUGACAUUUAUGAAAGAAGCAAACCCGAGCAUCUCCAACUACCCGAUAUAUCACUUUGCCGAGGCAGUUAUAGCGAAGAACAAGAAGAAUUCUUAUGAACAAUUCAUGCAGAAUAUGAAUGAUGCUAUAAUAGUGCAUUUCGAUAAAAUACAGGGAAUCCCAUUUGGUGUGGAUUACCUUCGAGCCCUGGACGCUGAUUUUUUAAUGGGCCUUGUCUACCAACUGAUGGACUACGCACCACCGAUGCCACUGAAGGCUCCUGAUGAAACGUUGAAGACCAUUGAACGAAUUCUGAAGAUCAUUAUUGACAACAGUCCAGGUAAUUAUUAG